AGAUCUUGCUGUGUGUCUGAUUAGUACUUUCUCUGCCUUGCCUGUUUGAGCUUCAGCAGAAUUGAAAAUGGCUGGCAGUAAGGCUGGGAAGGACUCCAGAAGGCCAACAAAGCCAGCUUCCCACUCACAGAGAGCCAAUUUGCAGUUCCUGGUAACUGAACUGGCAAGAAAUGCAUCAAAAGACUUCACAGUAAAGCAUAUUAUCCCUCAUUACUUGCAACUUGCCAUUCGUGGAGAUAAAGAAUUGGGUUCUGUCAUCAAGUCUACAAUUGCUGGUAAAGGUGUCAUUCCACACAUCCACAAAUCUCUAAUUGGGAAGAAAGGACAACAGCAGACUGCCUCAAGGCUGCCUGGAUUCCUUAUUAACUCAGGACCCUAAACACUCUACCAGUUGUCCAGUGUUGCUGAUUCCAGUGAACUAUAUCUCU